AUGUCCUUCCAACUGCACAGUGCCCCGCCCUUCCGGGCCGAACACAUGGGUUCCUUGCUCCGGCCCCAGAACCUUCUGGAGGUGCGCGAGAGGAUCCGCGACACGGGCGUGUCCGAGGAGGAGGCGGGGUUGCACGCGGUCGAGAAGCAGACGGUCGGCGAGGUGGUCCAGCUGCAGCGGGAUCUGGGCUACAAGGCCGUCACCUCGGGCGAGUUCAACCGGACGCGGUUCUGGGGGCAGAUGUGGGAUGAGUUUGAGGGAACCGUCCGUCUGCAGGACGCGGAGGCCUCGAUGUUCCGGCUGUACCACCCGGACGUGGUCAGCCUGAUCGAGAAGGACCGCAAGGUGAUGCCGGGCGACUCGGUGAUCGCCGGCUCGAAACUGUCCUGGAGCGCGGAGAAGUCCGUGUCGAACCUGCACGAGCUGCGGCUGGUGCAGCAGGCCCUGCCCGAGAGCGAGUGGGGCACCAUCAAGCUGACGAUGAUCACGCCGGCCUGGUUCCACAUGCGCUACAAGCAGGGCAAGGCCUACAGCCCGGAGGCGUACGCCAGCGACGCCGAGUACUUCCGCGACGUGGCCCAGGUGUACCGGGCGGAGCUGGCGGCGCUGUACGCGGCGGGGCUGCGCAACGUGCAGUUUGACGACCCCGGGAUGGCCUACUUCUGCUCGACGGCCUUCCGCCAGGGCUGGGAGGCCGACCCCGACAACCUCGGCACCGUCGAGGACCUGCUGGAUGCCUACAUCCAGCUGUACAACGACUGCCUCCGCGACCUGCCCGCCGACUUCCACACGGGCAUCCACCUGUGCCGCGGCAACUUCAUCGGCGGCCGCCACUUCGCCGAGGGCUCCUACGACAUCAUCGCCCAGAAGCUCUUCCAGGACCUCAACGUCCACACCUUCUACCUCGAGUACGACAACGAGCGCUCCGGCGGCUUCGAGCCCCUCCGCUACCUGCCCAAGAACAAGAACGUCGUCGUCGGCAUCAUCAGCACCAAGCUCCGCGCCCUCGAGGACAAGGAGGCCAUGAAGGAGCGCGUCUACCGCGCCGCCGAGUUCGUGAGUGCCGGCAGCGGCGAGUCCCGCGAGGAGGCCCUCAACCGCAUCUGCGUCAGCCCGCAGUGCGGGUUCAGCACCCACGAGAGCGGCUACCCGCUGAGCCUCGAGGAUGAGAAGAAGAAGCUGGGCUUGGUUCGCGAGAUCGCUGAUGAGAUCUGGGGCCAGCCUUAG